AUGAUAGCGUGGGACGUGGUCAUGCUCCCCUUCGUCAUUUUCUUCGCGUUGAACUUCCUGGGUCGAGCUUCCACAGCUUUCAUGAAUCCAACGUAUCGCUGCUCCAUCGUCUUCUUCGUGUCCAGCUAUCAGCGAAUCCUGCAGAUGCUGGCAUUCUACCUCUAUGUCCGCCAUCUUGUGGGGCCAAAUGAUGAGCGGGGGCUGAAGCGGGCCUGUGCAGCUCAAACGAGUUUCAUCGUGAACUUCGGGCAGAUCCUCGGGACAAGCUCCUUGCUGAACCUCGUAUGGACUGAGAUUCGCGAGUCAGUUAUCGUCAUGAGCUUUGCCUGCGACCCAGCCAUCGUGCUAGCAAGACAUCCAAUUGCUCGGGAUGCCCCGGAUCUGGACAAGAAGUGGUGGCCUGCAACAAGGACCGCUUCAGGGAGGCCAACCAUCGUCACCUACAACGCUGCAAUCAGCCUCAAAAGCCUUGAUGCCUUGUCUGGAUAUCCGAUGCAUGCCGGCUCUGCAGGCUGCCCUCCACAAGUAUCCAGAUCACCUUCCCGGCAUUUCGGUGUUAGCGCGGCUGCCAGCUGCAACAUGGCGUCUGAAAGUGACAAGUCUUCUGCGGCGGAUGUGUUGCGGGAGUGUUUCGGCCAGGGCGGCGACUUUACUGUGAUGGUGGAAGAGUGUUCUGCAGAAAGCCGCGAGGAUGGGGCGAUUGGAAGUCGCUCCGAGUUUCGGGUCUGGUCUGUGCUGCUGACCAAGUGGUCCAAAGUCUUUGACAAGAUGAUAAACUCCGAUGCGUUUGCAGAGUCUUCCAAAGGCCAACUGGUCAUCAAAGACUUUUCAGCAGCCGCUGUCGAGAUCUUUUUGCGUUUCCUGUAUUCUGGGGUUGUGGAAGGCAGUAUCCCAACCCUAGUGGAGGUUGGCACAUUGGCCGACAAGUAUCAGGUGGACAAGCUGCAUGCGCUGUGUAUGCGAGCUGUCCAGAAUCAGCUAAAGCCAGAAGUGGCCUGUGAACUCUUUGCGUGUGCAGAUCGCUUCCAGGUUGCAGACCUACGGCGUCAGGCACUUGAACAGAUUUUGAUCCAUCCCAAAGAGGCACUCAAGAUCCGGCCGGUUCUCAGUCCUCGAUUGUUAAAUGAGGUUCUGGACUCUCCCCUGCUAUGUAUUGAGGAUUCAGACUUGAUGAGCAUACUGCAGGGUUGGGGUAAGCGUAAGGCAUCCGCGCUGGAAAGCGACUCAAUGCAACCGAUCGUUGACAGCCGCAUGUCCAACCUGCAGAAGCGAAAGCCAGGCGAGCACAGUACCGACAUACUGCAGACGCUAUGGGGUCGAUACACGAAUGGUGGCAAAACUGAUACGUUUCUGGGCUACUGGGUCACGAUGAUUCUGGGCAUUCCAUGCGUCCUGAAUGGAAUCUACAGGUCCAUCGACGAGGGGAACCGACUAGCUAUGCUCCAGGGCUGCGCAGCAAAUUCUAGAAAUUGCCUGCCUCUGCGCUUCAGCAAGGGUUGGAUAAUAUGGAUGCUUCCUCACCAUUCUGUGUACCUCACUGGCUUUUCCUUCGCUCACGUGAUAUCCAGCCAAAUUCACUUUGAAAUUCUUUGUUCUCAAGAUGGCUGCAGCUGGCACUUAGCCGUGGCUUCGGACAAGCGGGAGAUCCCAGCCAAAAAAACGCUGGUCUGUCACCAGCCCCCUCAUCUUGUCAAGUGGUUCAAGUUGCACGUCCUGGAGGGUGAGUUCAUCAACAACUUUGGCAUACAUGGCAAUCAAUGGGUCGGGGCUUUGGCCUUGCUGGAAGACGCGCGCGCAGAGCUUCUUGAGCUGCAGGUCAUCACAUACAAUGCUGCUAUCAGUGCAUGCGAGAAAGGCUCGCAGUGGCGCUGGGCCCUGGCGCUGUUGGCAGAAGUGCCACAGGCGAGUCUGGACAGCGAUGUAAUAUCUUUCAAUGCAGCGAUGAGCGCUUGCGGCAGAGGCUCCAGGUGGCAAUUGGCCGCUGCCCUGUUGCUGCAGCUUCAGGAGGCAGACAUCCAGUGCACCGUGGUCACUUAUGGUGCUGCAAUCAGUGCCGCAGAGAAGGGGCAGCAGUGGGAGUUGGCUGUGAGUUUGCUAUCAGACAUGCUGGAGCAGCGUUUCGCCGGAAACGUGAUCACAUAUAGCGCAGCAAUCAGUGCUUGCGAAAAGGAAGGGCGCUGGCAAGAGGCAUGGCACUUGCUUCUGGAGCUUGACUCCCUCAACCUUGAACUCGAUGUCAUAUCAAUGAGCGCUGUGAUCAGCGCCUGUGGACGUUACUCCGAGUGGCGCCAUGCUAUCGAAUUGCUUCAGGACAUGCAGAGACUCCGCAUGCAAGGCAACUUGAUCACCUGCAACAGUGCCCUCAGCGGCCUGGAGAAGGCUGGGCAGUGGCAACUUGCCUUGCAAUGGCUGGCCGAGCUCCACUCCCAGCAGCUGGAGCUUGUCAUCACGUACAGCGCGGUCAUUAGCGCCUGUGAAAAGCGCGGACGUUGGGAAGAAGCAAUGCUGGUUCUGGCUGACAUGCAAAGGUGGCAGCUCUGUGGCAAUGACGUGACCUACAACGCAUGCAUUUCAGCAUGUCAGAAAGGUGGCCAGUGGCGGUUGGCACUGCAGUGCUUCGUCUGCAAGAUGUCACUUGUCGCGGCGUCCUAG